AUGGCAACAAGCGCGGUGCAGGGGUGCACCAUCGGUACUCUUCUUGAUGAGGAGACUACAGGAGAACAGCAGGUAGCCGAUAAGGAGGCUGAGCUUAGGGAUACCAACGAACUCAACAAGGGCAGGCUAUUGCAACAAGAUCUGGCAGCCGUGCAGCAGCAGCCGGCAGCCCUGCAGCAGGAGGAGCUUCCGCAAGCGCAACCGUUAG